AAAGCAUGGCUGAUGAGGUGAAACCAAGAGAGAAAUCUCGGUACCGGUAUCAAACCGAGAUUCAACAAAUGAUGUUCGUCUUUGGAGAAGUUUCGGAUGCAAUUCAAGAAACCACUAUGCUUGUGGAGGACAUUGUCCGUUCACAAGUUAUUGAGAUUAUAUGUUUAGCAGCACAACAAGCACGGAAACGUGGAUCCAGGUUCAUGUCAGCAGAAGAUUUAAUAUUUUUAAUCCGACACGAUCGUCCCAAAGUCAAUCGUUUAAGGACAUAUCUCUCAUGGAAGGAUGUUCGGAAAAAUGUGAAGGAUUCUUCAGAUGGAACAGGAGGCGCUGGAGCAGAUGAUGUAGUGGGAGUGGAAGAUGCUGCAGAUGUGAAGGGUGGAGCAGGCGAUGGUGGACCUGGAGGUAAAAAAGGCGUAGAUCCUGCUGGAGCGGUCGUACCUGGCAAUAAGGCUAGGAGAAUGCGUGUCAAAUUGAGCUGGGAGCUGCUGAAUGCAUUUGCAGACGCUAUGGUGGGGACUGGAGAGGAGGAGGAGGAGGAUGAUGAUGAUGAAGAUGCAUACUUGGAUUCAAUGCAGAGACUGAGGGAUGCGGAUAGAGUAACAUUUGCAAUGACAAGAGAGGAGUACGAACACUAUAGUGAAUGUCGACAGGCUUCAUUCACUUAUCGCAAAGCCAAACGAUUCCGGGAAUGGGCCAACAUGUCGGCUUACAUCGAUAUGAAACCUAACGACGAUAUCAUCGAUAUCCUUGGAUUUCUGACCUUUGAAAUGGUUACUACCCUCACAGAAACUGCCCUCAAAGUCAAGAGGGAAGAGGAUGAAAAACAGAGGCUUUAUCGUGAAGCUGUCGUUGCAGCCAAAUCCAAGAGUAAUCAGCAGGAUAGUAGCAAUGGUAAUAGUAAUGGCAAUGGCGGUGGUGGCGGCAAUGGUACGAAUAAUAGCAAUGGGGGAGCUGGAGGAAGCCAUGAUGAAAACAGCAAUAGUGGUAGCAACAACGGAGGGGUUAAUGGCAACAAUGGCAACAGUGGAGGCGAUGACAAUAUAGGAGGUGAGGAUAUGGAUUUAGAUGAUGACAUGCCAGGAUUGUUCUCAUUACCACCAAGCGAACAGAGCCCAUUGCAGCCACGACAUAUUCGAGAGGCAUUCCGGAGACUUCAAAGAGCUCCUAUGCCAAUCAAAAAUUAUCAUGGAGGUUUAGCAAGGACAAAAGUCUCUUUGAUUUAGAAUAAAAAGCAUUUGAGGUCCCACU